GACUGAGGGCUGUACCCAUAAUAUUCUUUUCUUUUUAACUCUUGGGGACAAACAUAGCCUAGGAGCCGUAAGGUACUUUCUGGUCAGAAAACGACAAAAAAAUUACGUGAUCGGGAGAUUUGGGUUUUUCCAUAGCGGAAUCGGUGUACUGUCAGUGGAAGUGGUAGAGGUGGUGAUGGCGGAAACGAAGGCGAUAGGGGUAGUGGGUGGCGGGCAGAUGGGCUCAGGUAUCGCCCAGACCGCUGCCGUCGGGGGCAUCGAUGUUUGGCUUCACGACUCCGACGCCCAAGCUCUCAACAGAGCAAGAAAGUCCAUCUCCAGUUCCCUCCAGCGCCUUAUUUCCAAAGGCCUCCUCUCUCAGGGAGUAGGCGCUGAUGCUCAGCGUCGUCUUAAGUUUACCUCGAAUUUGGAAGACUUUCGAUCUGCAGAUGUUAUCAUUGAAGCCAUUGUCGAAUCUGAAGAUGUUAAGAAGAAACUGUUUUCUCAACUAGAUGGAAUUGCCAAGGCUUCUGCGAUUUUGGCUUCUAAUACAAGUUCCAUUUCCAUUACUCGCUUGGCAUCAGCUACCAUGCGUCCCCAACAGGUGAUUGGCAUGCAUUUUAUGAAUCCUGUUCCUACCAUGAAACUGGUUGAGAUUAUAAGAGGUGCGGACACAUCAGAUGAAACAUUUGUGGCAGUGAAAUCCUUGGCAGAGCGGCUUGGAAAGAUUGUUAUAUGCUCUCAAGACUACCCUGGAUUCAUUAUAAAUCGGAUUCUUAUGCCUAUGAUAAAUGAAGCAUUCUUCACUCUCUAUACUGGGGUGGCAACAAAAGAGGACAUUGAUGCAGGGAUGAAACUGGGUACAAAUCAGCCGAUGGGCCCUUUAGCGCUUGCAGAUUUCAUUGGACUGGAUGUCUGCCUGUCAAUAAUGAAGGUCCUUCACGUUGGUCUAGGGGACAGCAAAUAUGCUCCAUGCCCUCUUCUUGUGCAGUAUGUUGAUGCUGGUCGCCUGGGAAAGAAACGAGGUAUUGGUGUGUAUACUUACCGUAAAGUACAACCAUCACCUCGUCUCUGAAUGACGAUGUGAGACACACAAUGAAUCCUUUGAUCCCUAGCCAUCCACAAAGAAAAAAAAUGAGGUAGUCACUGUGUACACCUCCAAUAAAAAGCCAGCAGCUAUGAAACCAUUACCUUGAACAUUGAGCAGUCAAGCCAUGUAUUAUGUGGGAAUGAGACAAAAUAAAUACUUAAUUUUUCCUUGUGUGGCUAUUCAAGCUGUUCAGAAAGACUCUGCGUAAUAAUUUUGGUAGGAUUAGAGUGGCAUAUGGCAUUACCAAAACUUUCCCAUUAUGCACAUACAAAUACAUCCCUCCCCUUAGGUAAAACUCACUUAUGCUGUCAGGGAUUUCUCAGGGAUUGUGUGUAUGUAAUCAGAAAAGAAGAUGGGAUUGAACUUGGUAACUUCCCAACAAUGAACACAUACAUCUUCAAUCAUUUAAGGUCUGAUUUCUUCAAGGAUUCCAGCAGGCUGAGUACAGUAUUUGGCCCAUCUAUUACAUUGUCGCAUUUUCCCCUUGAUGAUGAAAUUGAACUAAGGACAUACCUGUGUGCACAGUUUGUACAAGGAUAUCCAAUUCAUGCGAAGAUCAGUUCUGUCUCUUUCUCUUUCUCUAAAA